AUGUUGGAUAUAAGUCCAACACUAUUGACACGUGAUUUUAUCGGUCUAUGUAUUGGUAUUCUUUCUGUUGUGCUUGUCGUUCUUGUCGUAGCUAUAUGCAAAUGGUCUCACUGUUUAUGUUUAAAACGUCAUAAUGAUAAUGAUGAUCAAAAUGAAGUAUUAUCAUCUAUUAUACAACAAAAUACAUCAACAUCAGAUUCAAACUUACGCCGUUAUUAUCAAAAUGAUCCUUAUCAUGUUCAUCCAUCCCAACCCCAACCCCAACAACAAUGGUCAUCAUUUUAUCAUAAUCAUCCUAGUAAUGUUCAUCAACAUAUAAGUAAUGCUAGAGAUGAUUUUAUCUCACCAUUACAAUCGGGUAAUAAUAGAUAUCGUUUAAAUGAUAUUAAAGUACCUCGUGUUACAAUAACAACAUUACCAAUACAACCUUCUCAACAACGUGUUCCAUGUCUUUCGAUGAGUCCACAAAUAUCCGGCUCAUCGAUUACACGCAGUACAAAUUCGCUUAGAUAG